CUCCAGACAUUCCCGAGAAAGAGAAAGGUCAUUAAAAAUCACACACUACGUCUACUUAUUAGUUCAAAAAGGGGGAUUCAAAAACCUCGUCCUGGGUUUUGCUUUCGUACCCUAUUUAUCGCAAAAAAGCCCACAGCUCAAAAGCCGCUGAAAGUUAAAAAAAAAAAAAAAUCAUUUAUUUUUCUGUGUGUAAAGGAAGAUUCAAAUCGACGACAUAUCAUCAAUUCCUUAAUUCGUUUCUUCCUGGUAGAGGAAUCGCAUUAACCCAAAACCCCACUCCACGAAUCUUAUCCUCGUCUCCUAUUCCCGCUUCCCCUCUUACACACAUAUAUAACCACAAAAAGGGGGGCGAAGAAGAAGAUGGGUAUUAAGAUAAUCUUCCAAGAGGAAUCUGUGAUUGAUCAUCAGCUAUGGCGAGUACUAGUGGUGGAAGAGGUGGUGAAGAUGGUCGGCCGCCUCAAAUGCAGCCUGUUCGGUCUCUUUCUCGGAGGAUGACUCGAGCUGGGACCAUGAUGAUUGAUCAUCCUAACGAAGAUGAAAGUGCUAUUGACAGCGAGCUUGUUCCUUCUUCUCUUGCUUCCAUUGCUCCCAUUCUUCGUGUUGCUAAUGAUGUUGAAGAAGAUAACCCAAGGGUUGCUUACCUCUGUCGCUUCCACGCAUUUGAGAAGGCUCAUAGAAUGGAUCCAACAUCAAGUGGACGAGGCGUCCGUCAAUUUAAGACCUAUCUAUUGCACAAAUUAGAGAAGGAGGAAGAGACUACAGAACCUAUGUUGGCCAAGAGUGACCCGAGAGAAAUUCAGAUGUACUAUCAGAAGUUUUAUGAGAAUAAUAUACAAGAUGGAGAAGGGAAAAAGACACCGGAGGAGAUGGCCAAGCUUUACCAGAUAGCGACCGUCUUGUAUGAUGUUUUAAAGACAGUGGUUCCUCAAGCAAGAAUAGAUGAACAGACCCGUAGGUAUGCUGAAGAAGUUGAAAGAAAGAAGGAACAAUAUGAGCACUACAACAUUCUUCCGCUUUAUGCUGUAGGGGCUAAAACCGCAGUGAUGGAACUUCCUGAGAUUAAGGCCGCAAUUCUGGCUGUCUGUAAUGUGGAAAAUCUUCCUCGGCCAAGAUUUCAUUCAGGCUCGACCAACCUGGAUGAAGUGGAUAGAGAAAGUGGCAGAUCUUUUAAUGAUAUUCUCGAGUGGCUUGCUUUGGUUUUUGGUUUUCAGCGAGGAAAUGUAGCUAAUCAGAGGGAGCAUCUCAUACUGCUACUUGCCAACAUUGAUGUGAGAAAGAGGGAUCUCGAGAAUUAUGUCGAGUUGAAGCCUAGCACCGUGAGGAAGUUGAUGGAAAAGUAUUUCAAGAAUUAUAGAUCGUGGUGCAAGUAUUUGCGGUGUGAAUCUUAUCUGAGGUUCCCUCCAGGUUGCGAUGAACAACAGUUGAGCCUUCUAUACAUUGGCUUGUAUCUUCUCAUAUGGGGUGAAGCAUCAAAUGUCCGCUUCAUGCCUGAAUGCCUUUGCUACAUUUUCCACAACAUGGCCAAUGAAGUCCAUGGAAUUCUGUUUGGCAAUGUGUACCCGGUAACUGGGGACACAUAUGAGGCAGGUGCACCAGACGAAGAAGCAUUCUUAAGGAAUGUUAUAACACCAAUCUACCAGGUCUUACGUAAGGAAGUCAGGAGAAACAAAAUGGGAAAGGCAAGCCAUUCAAAAUGGAGAAACUACGAUGAUCUGAAUGAGUACUUUUGGGAUAAGAGGUGUUUUAGGCUGAAAUGGCCAAUGAACUUUAAGGCAGAUUUUUUCAUCCACACUGAUGAGAUCUCACCACUUCCGAAUCAGAGACAUGACCAAGUCACUCAUGGAAAAAGGAAACCCAAAACUAAUUUUGUUGAAGCUCGCACGUUUUGGAACCUCUAUCGAAGUUUCGACCGAAUGUGGAUGUUCCUUAUAUUGUCUCUACAGACUAUGAUAAUAGUUGCAUGGCACCCGUCAGGAUCUAUUCUUGCCAUUUUUUCUGAGGAUGUCUUUAGAAACGUAUUGACCAUCUUCAUCACUUCAGCUUUUCUUAAUCUUCUACAAGCGACACUGGAUUUGAUUCUUAGUUUUGGUGCUUGGAAGAGCCUAAAGUUUUCCCAAAUUAUGCGGUACAUCACAAAAUUUUUAAUGGCAGCCAUGUGGGCCAUCAUGUUGCCAAUUACUUACUCGAAGUCAGUCCAGAAUCCAACUGGACUAAUAAAGUUCUUCAGCAACUGGGUUGGGAGUUGGCUUCAUCAGUCGUUAUACGACUAUGCUAUUGCCUUAUAUGUCUUACCAAAUAUUUUGGCUGCUGUGUUUUUCUUACUUCCACCUCUGCGGAGAAUCAUGGAGCGAUCAAACAUGCGGAUUGUCACAUUUAUCAUGUGGUGGGCUCAGCCAAAAUUGUAUGUUGGCAGAGGCAUGCAUGAAGAAAUGUUUGCACUUUUCAAGUAUACAUUCUUUUGGGUCAUGCUGUUACUUAGCAAGCUCGCCUUCAGCUAUUAUGUGGAGAUAUUACCACUUGUCAACCCAACGAAGCUAAUAUGGGAUAUGCAUGUCGUAAAUUACCAGUGGCACGAGUUCUUUCCAAAUGCCACUCAUAACAUUGGAGUAAUCAUAUCCAUAUGGGGUCCGAUUGUCUUGGUUUAUUUUAUGGAUACGCAAAUAUGGUAUGCCAUAUUCUCUACUCUAUUUGGUGGGAUUUAUGGAGCCUUCAGCCAUCUCGGGGAGAUACGGACACUUGGAAUGUUGCGGUCCAGAUUUAAAUUUGUUCCAAAUGCUUUUUGUACUAAACUUACUCCGUUGCCUCUAGGUCAUGCAAAGAGAAGGCACCUGGACGAAACGGUGGACGAAAAGGACAUAGCAAGGUUCUCACAGAUGUGGAAUAAGUUCAUACUUACUAUGCGGGAUGAAGAUCUGAUCAGCGAUAGGGAUAGAGAUUUGCUACUUGUACCUUCGUCUUCUGGAGAUGUUUCUGUUGUGCAAUGGCCUCCUUUCUUGCUUGCUAGCAAGCUAAGUGAUUAUGAUGAAGAUGAAACUUACAAGUCUCAGAUAAUCAAUGUUCUCCAGGAUAUUAUUGAAAUCAUCACGCAGGAUGUUAUGGUUAAUGGUCACGAAAUCCUUGAAAGGGCUCAUUUACAGAGUGGUGGUAUUGAAAGCGACAAAAAAGAACAAAGGUUUGAAAAGAUAGAUCUUCGUUUGACUCAGAACAUAUCUUGGAGGGAAAAGGUUGUAAGACUUUUGUUACUUGUGACUGUUAAAGAAUCCGCAAUAAAUAUCCCUCAAAGUUUGGAAGCUCGUCGUCGUAUGACAUUCUUUGCAAAUUCCUUAUUCAUGAAUAUGCCAGAUGCUCCCCGAGUUCGUGACAUGUUAUCCUUUAGUGUCUUAACUCCUUACUACAAAGAGGAUGUUCUCUACUCGGAGGACGAACUGAACAAGGAAAACGAAGAUGGAAUAACUAUUUUGUUUUACCUCCAGAGGAUAUAUCCUGAGGAAUGGUCAAAUUAUUGUGAACGUAUAAAUGAUGUGAAACGGAAUUUAUCUGAGAAAGACAAGGCAGAGCAACUCCGCCAAUGGGUAUCUUAUAGAGGCCAGACCCUUUCAAGGACAGUUAGGGGAAUGAUGUACUACAGAGUGGCUCUCGAACUUCAGUGUUUCCAGGAAUACACUGGAGAAAAUGCUACCAAUGGUGGCUAUAUUCCCUCAGAAUCAAAUGAAGAUGAUCAAAAGGCUUUUAGUGACCGUGCACGAGCUCUUGCAGAUUUAAAAUUCACAUAUGUCGUGUCAUGUCAGGUCUAUGGGAACCAGAAAAAGUCAAGUGAAAGCCGGGACCGGAGUUGUUACAAUAACAUUUUACAGCUCAUGCUAAAGUAUCCGUCCUUGCGUGUUGCCUAUAUAGAUGAAAGGGAGGAGACAGUUAAUGGAAAAUCACAAAAAGUAUUCUACUCUGUGUUGCUCAAAGGAUGUGACAAAUUAGAUGAGGAAAUAUAUCGUAUCAAACUUCCCGGCCCUCCCACUGAAAUUGGCGAAGGAAAACCGGAGAAUCAAAAUCAUGCCAUCAUUUUCACUCGCGGCGAAGCACUCCAGACCAUAGACAUGAAUCAGGACAACUACUUUGAAGAGUCUUUCAAAAUGAGAAAUGUGCUACAGGAAUUUGAUGAAGGUCGACGUGGCAAGAGAAAUCCUACAAUUUUGGGUAUUCGUGAACACAUAUUUACCGGAAGUGUUUCAUCCCUAGCUUGGUUCAUGUCGAAUCAAGAAACAAGUUUUGUAACCAUUGGUCAACGUGUUCUAGCAAAUCCUCUGAGGGUGCGUUUCCAUUACGGCCAUCCUGAUAUAUUUGAUAGAAUCUUCCACAUCACGAGGGGAGGCAUUAGCAAGGCUUCAAAGAUAAUAAACUUAAGCGAAGAUAUCUUUGCAGGGUACAAUUCAACUCUUCGUGGGGGUUACAUCACACAUCACGAGUAUAUUCAAGCAGGGAAAGGGCGUGAUGUAGGGAUGAAUCAGAUUUCGUUUUUUGAAGCCAAAGUUGCGAAUGGAAAUGGAGAACAAACACUAAGUCGUGACGUUUACCGACUUGGACGCCGCUUUGAUUUUUACAGGAUGCUCUCAUUCUACUUCACCACAGUUGGUUUCUAUUUCAGUAGCAUGAUAACGGUGCUCACGGUAUAUGUGUUCCUCUAUGGGCGUCUUUAUCUGGUUUUGAGCGGAUUGGAAAAGGAGAUCCUGCAAAGUGCAACUGUACAUCAGUCCAAAGCCCUCGAGGAGGCAUUAGCAGCCCAAUCUGUUUUUCAGCUAGGUUUUUUGAUGGUUCUACCAAUGGUUAUGGAAAUUGGCCUAGAAAAAGGGUUCCGAACAGCCUUGGGUGAUUUCAUUAUAAUGCAGCUUCAGCUUGCCUCUGUUUUCUUCACGUUUCAGCUGGGAACAAAAGCGCAUUACUUUGGAAGGACGAUUUUGCACGGAGGCUCUAAGUACCGAGCAACUGGUCGAGGGUUUGUUGUUUUCCAUGCUAAAUUUGCGGAAAACUAUAGGUUAUACUCGCGAAGCCACUUUGUUAAGGGACUGGAGUUAGUCAUACUACUAAUUGUGUAUCAAGUUUAUGGAAGUUCGUACCGUAGCUCAAGUCUUUACAUUUACAUCACAUUUUCAAUGUGGUUCCUGGUGACUUCUUGGUUGUUUGCGCCAUUUAUAUUCAACCCAUCUGGGUUUGAGUGGCAAAAGACGGUGGACGAUUGGACUGACUGGAAACGAUGGAUGGGAAACCGCGGUGGAAUUGGAAUAGUUCUUGACAAAAGUUGGGAAUCAUGGUGGGAUACAGAGCAAGAACACCUCAAGCACACAAACUUAAGAGGAAGGGUUCUCGAGAUACUUCUCGCACUGCGUUUCCUCCUUUACCAGUAUGGAAUUGUCUACCAUCUCAACAUCGCUCACCGGCACACAACAUUUCUGGUUUAUGGACUCUCUUGGGCUGUCUUGCUGGCCGUUCUUCUUGUGUUAAAGAUGGUAUCAAUGGGUAGACGGAAAUUUGGUACAGAUUUUCAGGUUAUGUUCAGGAUUCUCAAGGCGCUUCUCUUCCUUGGUUUCUUGUCAGUCAUGACUGUAUUAUUUGUAGUUUGCGGCCUCACGAUCGCAGAUCUCUUUGCUUCCAUCCUCGCUUUCUUGCCUACUGGUUGGGCUCUUCUUCUUAUCGGGCAAGCGCUGCGCAGCGUGUUCAAAGGGUUAGGAUUCUGGGACUCGGUUAAAGAGCUAGGGAGAGCUUACGAGUACAUAAUGGGGCUUCUGAUAUUCACACCCAUUGCGGUCUUGUCGUGGUUCCCAUUUGUGUCUGAGUUCCAGACCAGAUUGUUGUUUAAUCAAGCCUUCAGUCGCGGUCUGCAGAUCUCUAUGAUUCUUGCCGGAAAGAAAGACAAAGAGACACCUUCCACCAAGUAGUGGCUUAACCGCUCUCUUCUUCUCCUUCUCCAUUUUUUCUCUUUCAUCUUCAUUCUUUUUCAUCUGUUAUUGCUGUUUAAUUAAUUGUCUCUGAGAUCAUAGAAAAAGAUGUUUAGACCACCUGAGAUUAAGACCUCACACUCGUAGUAAAUGUUGUUGUUCAGCCUAGGCCAUUUGUUCAAGUAGAUGAUGUAUACACAAUUCCUUUGGACAUAAUUCGAAAAGCUUUUAACCA